AUGUACAUGAGGUCCGCCCUCUCCUCGCGCACCGCGGCGCCCUGCAGGACCCUCCCCGCGGCCAUGCCGUUGAAGCAGUUGGGGAGCUGGGCCUCGAUGUCGCCCAUGCCCCGCGCCCACGCGUUCGACAGCGCCCUCGCUGGCUUCCCCGUGAAGCCGCGGGUGACCACCGUGGGCGCCGCCCGCGGCCCGCGCUGCAUGCCCAAUUGCGCCGCGGAGGCGCCGGCCACUAGCGCCGCCGCCACGUCGGCGCCGUCCAUGAGGCCGCCGGCCGCUAUCACCGGCACGCUGACGGCCCCGGCCACGGCGCGCAGCAGGCACAGGGCGCCCGCCGUGGCGUCAGAGUCGCAGCUGCCCGCGUCCGCAGAAGAAGGAGCCGCGGUGCCCGCCGGCCUCUGGGCCCUGCGCGAUGACGGCGUCGGCUCCCAGGCCCUCCAGGAGCCGCGCCUCAGCGGCGCUGGUGGCGUUCCCGAGGAGCACGGCGCCCGCAGCGCGCAGGCGCGCGGCGUCCCGGGCGGCGGGCCAGCCGACGCUCGAAGGGGAAAGAGCGGCACGAGCACGGAGUUGAGGGAUGCACAGCGACCCUGCCCUGGGUUACAAGUGCGCGGUCUGUAAACCUCCUGGGAACCCCCAGAGCCUAGAGCCGCAAGGAUGCGGCACAUCACGCAGGGUUCGGCCUGUCGGCCCACAGGAGUUUCAGCGCACAGCGCCCCGUAAACCAGGGUAGGGGCGUUUUCUCUGCCCUUGACAGGAGUCAAAACGCAGGUCAAGGUUAUGUUCGCAGGCCUACAGGUUGACACCAACACCAAUAUCGGCGGUGUGCCUCCACCGAGGGACGAAGAUCCCGAUCUCG